UCACGCUUCUUAUACUCAAACCUCAAAAACCACAAGGCAGAAAUAAAAAGCCACAACACUUCUCGUUUUUUUUCUUAACAUUAGUCCAAAGUGAUGCAACAAAUGGGUGCACCAAAGAUUGUUCUCCUUUCACUCUUUGUAUUGGUUUUUGUAUCCUCAUAUGUGUCUUGUACUGAAUUUGAAGCUGGAGGAGAAAACGGAUGGGUCAUACCACAAUCUAGUGACGAUGAAAAUAUGUUUAACCAGUGGGCUUCCAAGAACCGGUUUAAAGUUGGCGACACCAUCCGUUUCAAGUACAAGAAAGACUCUGUUUUGGUGGUAUCAGAAGAAGAGUACAAGAAAUGCCAGACGACCAAACCGAAAUUAUACUCAAACCACGAUGAUACGGUUUUCAAAUUGGACCGGCCAGGUUUGUUCUACUUCAUAAGCGGCGUCGCAGGCCAUUGUGAAAAGGGUCAGAAAAUGAUCAUCAAAGUCAUGGAGGUCGAAUCUCCGCCGCAAUCUCCUCCACCUUCUUCCUCUCUGGAGGCUUCCACUCACAAGACCAAGAAAAACCACGCCUUAAGAAAAACAACUCGGUUCAUUGAUACCGGUUUAGUGACAGUUUCGAUUCUGUCUUUGACGGUUUUUGGUCUAGUGUAGUUGCCUCGGUUACAGAAUGGAAAACCAUAUGACUCGGUUAUGGCGGUCUAGCCGUGGAUUUAUUUAGUUCGGUUUUGGUUAUUGUGGUUCGUUUAUUAAGGGUUUUCAUUUCAUUUUGAG